AUGGGGACCAGCCGGAAAGAGGACGCCAACCGACCCGCCCCUGCAGCCUCCCGCUUCCGGCCGAGCUUGAGCCACGCCCCCUCUCUGCACGCAGGCGCAGCAAUGCGAGGGAGGUCACAAUGUGUACUUUGUGAUGAGAGCCAUGAUAUACCCAGUGGCACUGAGGACCCCACUGAGAGCUCAGCCUCCUCCUGCAGGGAGGAUAGGGCACACACCAUAUGUUAUCUCUCUGCUCUCACACCUUCCAUCCCAGGCCCAGCCAGAGUCCCCUUUGGAGGUGGGCAAAUGGAUAGGGAAGUGGGAGAUGAGGGGUUGGGAGGAGGUGUGGUGUGGAGGGCUGGGGAGCCGUGGAAGCCAACAAGACAGAGGGUUGGGGGGCUAUCUGUGGCCUCAGUUCCUCACCCCUCCCACUCCCAGGUAGAGGAGCCAGUCAGCUGCCUGCCACUGGAGCCUUUGCCUGGGCCAGACAUGAAGCACUGCUGGCAGAUUUUUGUCCUGUGCAUCUUCUUGAUGCUCAUCUUGUGGCUGAUGGCCGCCUGCCUGGAUCUGAAGCCGGAAUCGGCACCCCAGGAAAAACGGAUGAAGGUGGUACCAUGGCGUUGCAGCUGCCCUCCGUUCAAAUUCAGGAAAUGUGGCUGCCCAUCCGGGACACUCAACGACUCUGUCUGCCACCACGCGGCUGGAGGGAACUGGUUUGAUGUAGGUUACGAGAAGACGAUGGGCUACAUCAUGGGAGCAGCAGAGCCCACCAGCCCUGACGCUGUGCUCUCGUGGUGGGGCAUGAACUCAGCAAGCGAGCUGGGCAGAGUGUGGGAGAAGCUGUUCAAGGUGAUUCCCAGGCCCUCGGUGAGCCAUUUUGAUCUCUUCUGUGGAACUUGUGCAUCGGUGGGGAACUCGAAGAUCCUGUGGGCCGCCAGCCUCGUCAAGAGUGCCAAUCACACCGCGGUCUCCAGGAUGAACCAGGUCCCUGUUCAGGGCUUCGAGAUGCUGGGGAACCAAACCACAGGACCCUCCAUCUCCCGCAGGAAUGAUAGGGACCAGGGUUCUUGGAGCCAGUUGGUGCUGCUCUUCCUGAAGCUCUUUGUUCUGGCAUGGACUUCAGAUGCUCUGAGUGAAGAGGUGAUGGUCUGGGAACCCAGACAUUCUUAGUAUGGGGGGUAAGGAGAGGUCACUGCAGGGGAUGACAGAGGGGGCUCCAGGGAGACCCUCUGCUGGCUUAUUGGGAGCACCUGCAGGACCUUCGCAGGUCUCAGGGGCUGCUGAAACUCCCCCACCUCCUACUUCUUCCUUAGAUUUCGGAAGAUGGUCCAGUUCCCUAGUAGAAUGGAAGAUAGAAAAGACCAGGUAAGGGGACGAGAGGCAGGAAGACGUAGCUUCAGGCUGCUGUGGGAAGGGCCCCAGGUCGGCCCUCUCCCCCUUCUUCCCCAGGUCCUGGUGAUCAGCCCCACCUUCCUCAGGUA